AUGAAUUGCCCAGAUAAUAUUGAAAAACUUAAAAAACUUAUAGUAAAAACAACAAACUAUAAAGGAAUAGUAACCAAAGUAUUAGAAGAAAAACCAAAAACACUUAAAGAAGAAAAGAAAAUUCCAAAACAAAUUAAAAUAAAAACAGAAGUAUCACCAAAUCCCAUACAAGAAACAAAACGAGUCUAUAACUAUAAGAAAAAAGAGUAUAGAGAACAAGUCUUCAGCUAUAUUAAAGAAGAAGAAAUAAAUCCAGAAAAUCUAACUGACAAAGAAAUAACAACAUACCUAGUAUACUCAUUAGUAACAGCAGACAGAUCAAGAGUCAAAACAAGUUUAGAAAUUAUUUCAAGAAAAUCAUUCAAUAGAAAUCAAUUAGAAAACAUAUUCAAAGCAUUAAAAUUAGGAGAUCUAAUUAUAUUUGGAAAAUACUCUGGAACACCUAAAAAAGGAAACAUAUUAAGAGGAAGAGACUAUGUCUCAAUAGCAAAUAGAGCAAAUGAAUAUAGAUGGAGUACCGAAAUAAUGCAAACAGUAUUUGCAAUAGUGAGAACAAAAUUAAGAAAAGAUGCACUAGAAGUAUUUGAUACAGAAAUAGCAACUAUAAAUUGUUAUUUUAGAUCUAACCUAGAUAAUGCAAAUGAUUUAAAAGAUGCGGAAAAUUAUCCAAUAAGAGGAGUAAAUUACUUACAAGCAGCAGGAGCAUGGCAUGCCUCUACAACAGCAAAAGGAACAAGAAUAAACCCACAUGUUACAGAUGCAACACAACAAAAAGGAUUUAGAGACGUAUUUGAUGAAAACUUUACAAGAGAUUCAGUACAAUCAUUAAAUCAAAAAGAAUUUCUUAAAUUCAAUUUCUACAAGAAUCUAGAUUGGAGCGACGAUUCAGGAUUCAGAAAGCAAGUUAAUCAAUAUAAAAAACUUAAACAAUUGUCAAAUUGGCAAUGGGCUCCAAACUUCUUUGGAGGAAACUACAUGUACUUAGUAGAAAGAAUGCCUAAAAAUAUAGCUCAACAGAUUACAUUAACAAAUCCAGUACCAAAUAAUGAAGAAGAUUUCUUCAGAAGAGCCGAUACUCUGUUUAGAGCAACAAGAAUAACAAUGAAAAUAUCAGAAAAAUCCAAAAAUGAAAAAACAAAUUAUUAUUCCCAAAGAACCCAAAAAAUAAAUAAUGUACAAACAGAACAACCUCAAAAAGGAAAAUGCUACUCAUAUGGACAAAUAGGACACUUUGCAAAAGAAUGCCCAAGACGAAAAGGAAAAGAAGCAUAUAAUAGAGUACAGUCAACUUACAAAAAUUAUAAUGGAAGACAAAAGAAAACUUUUGUCAAAAAAUAUUGUUCAUAUUGUGGAAAAGAUAAUGGAUAUCAUACCAAAACAUGUCCAAACAAUAAUGCCAAUUAUUACGAAGGAAAAAGAGCAAAAGGACCAACACCUAUGGUUCAUAAAUAUAAUAACUUCAAAAAUAAUAAAGAAAAAGGAAGACCUCGAUACAAUAAUAGAAACAAUAAUGGAAGAAGACCACAAAACAAUACAAGAAAAUCUUUCACAAGAAGAAGAGUUAACAACUACAAAGAAGAAAAACAAUCAGAAAAAGAGAGAUCUCAUGGUCAGCACACAAAAUCUAAUGAAAUCACCCAACUUGAUACCAUAAAUCAGCCGAAAAUAUAUUUAGUAAAGAACAAAUCAUGUGCAGCUAGUUAUCUUGCUCGAAAAACUAGUGACCCAGGCAAAAGCGAAAAAAACCUGCCAUUGGCGCCCAACGUGGAUAGUAAAAAUCUAUCCCCGAACAACGUGGUAAAAAAUAAACUUACCACUUAUACCCUAAGCAAAACAAGUCGAACCUCUAACAACCAACUACACGUUAACAACAAUAUGAUAUUGGAAAAAACCAUUAAACCUAAUACCUCAAAGAAGAAGAAAGCAAAACCGCCCUUAAAAAACCUAAACAAGAGUUUUCUAAAGAAAAUAUAA